UCAGCAAGUUAAUGGAUAAACUGAGCCCGCAGUAGCCUGCGGCCCGGAAGAUGCACACGGGUUAGGGAAGUCUGUCAGAUUUCAGAAAAGGGUGCCAUACAAAGACUCCCGGCCGGACUCGUAUUUUCGACAUAAAGUCCACGAGCUCGCAGUGUCGCUUUUGAGCGGGGGGAAGCCGGAGAUGGACAGACACCGGUACCUGACGUUCAACCAGAAGCGCGUUCUCCUCCACGGGAUCCUCCAGCUGGCUGCUGCGGGGAUUUGUGUGGUGUGUGGAUUCAUAGACGCUGUUUUCCGCAACGAUACCCAGCUGAGUGCAAGCAGGACACCAGUGUGGGGCGGACUGGUGAGCCACUGCAACGUCUCCAAUAGUUACAUACAGGUUAUGACCACCCCGGGUGUACUGGCACUGUUUGCCUCCCAACGGAAGAACUCUUUACUGGUGAUUGUGAUGGUGGUAGCAGCCGGACUCUCCUGUGUGGCAGCAGCGUUUGUAUCAGGUUACGCCUGUCUGACACUCACUUAUGGGGAAGAGGACCAAGAGGUCUUCCACCAGCACGACAGUCCUCGAGUGACGUUUGUGCUUCAUCGGAUGGUGAAGGGGGCCAAUGCCACCAUCCUGCUGACCUGCACCAUCUGCCUAGCUCUCUCCUCUGUCAUCGCCUUCGUGGGCUGCCGCAGUCUUCCCUGCUGUGGCUGCUAUGAUGCUAGAACCGGAUUGGUAAAGAAGAAGGGCUUUAAAAUGACUAACUGUUGCUAUGCCUGUCUGUCUCCACUGCACAUCUGCUGUUUGCGCUAAUGCAUUCACCACAUAAGUCAAGUGGUUUUGUUUCAUAACAGAAAAAAACUGCUUGGUGGUUAGUGUUACCUUUUAGCUAACUAGUUGAUUGAGCUAAUGUUGGCUCCCUGAGUUGGGCAACGAUGAUUUUAAAUGGGCACAUGUCAUUGUAAAAAACUAUGGCUAAAGCAUCAUUCCUCUCCAACCCAUUCCACGU